UAUUGUACGGAGGGUACAAAAGGACGGAGGUACAUUUACAUGCACAGGUGAGACUCCAAUCAGCUCGUGUGGGUCUUCUCUUUACGACUUGUUCUGGACGUUUUUAGGAAGAAGAGCUUCGUACAUCGACGUCAGGCUGACCAAUAGGAGCGCGACCACCCAGGUCUGACUUUCAUGACCCUUACGAAAAAACACAAAGAUGUCGUCUGAUCCACUACCGUCGCCAUGGCAACAGUGACGGACCAGCGGGCGGUGACCAUCUGCACGCAGACAGACUUCCAGUCAGAGGGGGAGGAUGAAGGCUUCGCGACCGCCUCCGAAGAAAAGACGUCUUCCUUCGGCCAAGACGUUGGUCAAGACGCUGAGUGGGUUGAGGAAGACGUCGCGGAGGAGGCGGGAAAGGUGAGUGAUGCGGAAGAUAAGGAGGAGGAGGGAGAUGUUUCGGAUGAAGACGAGAGAGAAGACGCACCCACGGAAAUCAGAUUGGAAAUUCACGUGAGAAAAAUCCAAAGAAAAAGAGAAGGAGAUGAAAGCGAAAAGAGCAGGAAAGUGAGGACAGUGUCAAGAAUGAAGAGGACAAAAACGGUCUUGAAGAUGGACAAGACGACGUAAGAACUCCUUUGGAUGGAGAGGAAAUGGAGAUUCAUGGGAAGGGUCUGAAAACCAAAAUGGCUGACAAUGGAACAUUCCAGGCGGAAAACUCCAAGGUCACCGGCAAUGUCACUGAAACAAUAACAGAAAACAGAGAAACGGGAAAAGACUCGAUGGUAAAAUUUGUGGAGGGCAGACCGCAUGCGCAAGGGCCACUCAUGUUGCUUCCGUCAUCCAUUACGCAGGCGCAGACGCACUACGUCAGAUACGCUCGGACUAAAACUCCCACCAAAUCCGUGGGGACCGAUCCGUUACCAGGAAGUGACGUCACAGACACUUCCGGUGCGGUCGUGAACAACAUGGAAGAUACGUAUCGGAUUUCUCAGCCCCCGUCCUAUGGUAAAAGUAAAAGGCAGGGGAAACUCGCAGCCGUCCAUGGCACUACGCCCUCCCUUGUGAACGUGGCGCCCCCUGGCGACAGUCCCGUGAUGAGCAGGAGGAGCGUGCGGUCGAUUCCGUCCCCGGAGCUGGAAAUAAAGUUGCACGGUGGCAACUAUUCUGAAGUACGCAGUCACGUGACCGGAAGUGACGACAGUGACGUAGACGAUGACGAGGCUUGGCUGGACACCAGCCGGAAACUGACCACGACCCCGGCCAGCCUGCCCGCUGACCCGGAUAUGACGUUUGAUCUUCUCAAUCAGAGAUUCCGUCCGAGACAAACGAAGAGCCUGGCGUCGGGCCGGUCGCGCCACCAUGCGGCUCGGCGCAGUUACUACAGGCAGGCUCUCACCAUCAUGUCCGCCCGCUGCAACAGCGUCGCGCGCAUGCGCAUCGUCGAGGGUUCGACGCAGGCGCAAAGCAUGGACCCGACGUACUACCACUACCCGGACAAGUACAUCUAUCUGGAGCAGGAAUCUCAGCAACAUGUGCCUCCUAUCAAGGUAACUAACUACACUGGCUAUGGGGAAAAGACUUUGAGGGGAGAUCGGUCACUUUAG